UCUCUGUUGGAUGCUUCGCGCCCAAUUUGUGUUGUGGGAGACCAUAUCAACUAGUUUCGAUUAUCAGAUUAUCAGCGAAGACUAUAAUAUACCGACAAAUCAGUGAAAUUAGGGAUGGAAAGUCCUGGAUUUUGGCAUGAAAUUCAUUCACAUAUAAAUAGCAUUUAAAUGCUAUGUAAUGCCAAAUUAGGCAUUACAUUCCGACAAUGCGUAUGAACUCUCAAGUUUUGACUGGUGAUAACUUCUAGAUUGAUACCUGUUCAUUCAAGAAGUAGAUGUAAGUAAAUCAUUGAUGGAUUUCUUAUCCUCCGUGACCGGAUUUAUAUCAGAUGUGUGUAAUAAUGCUGAAAGCAUUAACUUUGAGGAUAUCAUAGAUGAAUAUGAAACAAAAAGUGCCUCCUUAAUCAGACCCUUAUUCAAUGUGGAUGAUGAUUGUUAUGUGGGCCUCACGGGUGAUGGACACUAUAGUUCCCGCAUCAGCCCUGAUGUCAAUAAGUCUCUGAAACUACAGGAGUCAUCAUCAGUAUACCCAAAGUUAAUUAACUUUGUCUAUCCUUCAGAAGACGAAAUCAAAGCACAUUGCGAUACAGUAUAUAUAACAGCUUCUACAUCUGUGAACAAACCAAUAGACCUUACUAGUCCAGACUUCGAUGAUAGUUUUACUGGGUUUGAUUUAACUCAAAUUAUGAAUGUUUCCGAAGUUACUAGUUGUAAAAGUGUAGACUUUAGUUUAGAUUCACAUUUAACUAGUUUCAAGACAGGUAAAGGGGAUUCUGUGACUUUGAUGAAUUCAUCAUCUCGGAAGUUUGCUCGAACACUUGUGGACUCGUUAAACAUUUGUGAUGAUGAUGUGAAUGUGGAGAAGAGUCAUGAGAACCACGACUCACAUUUCACUGGCUUCAAGACAGGUAAAGGGGAUUCUGUGACUUUGAUGAAUUCAUCAUCUCGGAAGUUUGCUCGAACACUUGUGGACUCGUUAAACAUUUGUGAUGAUGAUGUGAAUGUGGAGAAGAGUCAUGAGAACCACGACUCACAUUUCACUGGCUUCAAGACAGGUAAAGGGGAUUCUGUGACUUUGAUGAAUUCAUCAUCUCGGAAGUUUGCUCGAACACUUGUGGACUCGUUAAACAUUUGUGAUGAUGAUGUGAAUGUGGAGAAGAGUCAUGAGAACCACGACUCACAUUUCACUGGCUUCAAGACAGGUAAAGGGGAUUCUGUGACUUUGAUGAAUUCACCAUCUCGGAAGUUUGCUCGAACACUUGUGGACUCGUUAAACAUUUGUGAUGAUGAUGUGAAUGUGGAGAAGAGUCAUGAGAACCACGACUCACAUUUCACUGGCUUCAAGACAGGUAAAGGGGAUUCUGUGACUUUGAUGAAUUCAUCAUCUCGGAAGUUUGCUCGAACACUUGUGGACUCGUUAAACAUUUGUGAUGAUGAUGUGAACGUGGAGAAGAGUCAUGAGAACCACGACUCACAUUUCACUGGCUUCAAGACAGGUAAAGGGGAUUCUGUGACUUUGAUGAAUUCACCAUCUCGGAAGUUUGCUCGAACACUUACAGACCCUUCCAUUUCUGGUGAUGUUUUCGUAAAGCUAGAAAAGUGCUACGAGUCUUAUGAUUACAAUGCCCAUAAUGUCAAAGAUAAUUUAUUACUGUCUGAGGAACAAAUUGCUGAGGUGCAUGAUGAUUUUGGGGACUCAUCUCAUAAUUAUAUUGACUCAUUUAGUGGAUGUUUUGAUACUCAAUUUGACUUAUCAUUUGAACGUUCUGAAGGUGGUAUUCACAUGAUGGAAAUUAAUAUAUCAUUAGAUGUGGAACGUGAAAAAGCACGGGUUGACCAACAAAAUCUAAUUGCACAUAAUCAAUCAAUUCCAUCACCCAGUCAACAUGUGCUCUCUACAUCUGAUACUUCAUUGAAUACUACAUUAUAUGGACUAUUGUGGAAUAUACGUAGAAGAUAUUAUGGGACUGAGAUAUUAAAUUCGACAAAUGACCAAUCACUUUUAAAAUGGAAAGUAUUACUUGCUGACUAUGCCAAUCAUCAAAAGUUAUCUGUUUCUUCUACACCACUUUACUUACCGAAAUAUUUAAAGUUUUCAAAUGAUACUCAUAAUAAAUGGUCUUUACAAACUGCAGAUAAACUUUACUGGUUACUGGAUAUGAAGCAUAUUAUAGAUACAAAAUGUGAAAGCAGUCUUCCUAUUUCUUACAAAUUCCAUGAUUUUAUUUUGAUUCCUGAUAAGUUUGGAUGUGUUGGCAGACAAGAAAUUAUCAAUUCAUUUUUGAGCUGUCGUAGAAUUUGUUCAAAUGUAAUUACCCGUGGUUGGAUUGAAAACCAUUACUUACAAAUAAUGUGGAAAGUUGGUACAAUUGCUUUACUUUACAGUGAUUUAUGCGCGACGUUACUUAGUGACUAUUGUGCACCGAUUCAUGUCCUAAAUGAAUUACGCUAUCGUUAUGAUCGUGAAAUAGAAACUUGUCAAAGACCAGCUCUUCGAAAAGUCAUCGAACAAGACGAUACACCGGCGCGGCGUCUUAUCUUGUGCGUCAGUCGCAUAGAUAUUUUUGACCAAUGUGUAAAGAAGGCUUGUCUGACAGAUGGCUGGUAUCAAAUUGCUUGGCUUCCAGAUCCCAUGCUUACAACACUGAUUACUUCUGGCAAAAUUCGUGUUGGUUCGAAGCUAGUAACUGCUGGUGCUGAACUAGUCGUAACCAAUCCAUCAUCUACUAACAAUCAGCCUAAAAGGAAGUGCUCUUCAGGUGAUGAGCAAAUUGAUGAAUUUAAGCAUUUAUAUGGAGAUGACGGUAUAGCUGUUGGAAUGGCUUUGAAGUUGCAUGGAAAUUCUACACGACCUGUUUCUUGGUGUUCACGCCUAGGAUUCACUACAAAACAACCAAGUUCGGGUGCUGGCUUGUAUCCAGUUCCUCUAUGUACUCUCAGUUCAGAUGGAGGUAUCUGUAGCUCAAUUCGAGUAGUAAUCCAACGUCGAUAUUCCCUACAAUAUAUGGAGACACUAGAGGUCCCGGAACAAAAUGCAGAUACAUCAACUCUUUUGACACGUACAAAUUCUGGUCCAGAUGAACUGUCUUCAAAGUUUCGUUUAAAUCGCCGUCGAAUUUUUCGCAGUGAACGGGCUGAGGAGGCGGAAGUUAGACUUUAUGAAGCGCGCAGACUCAAAGUUAUUGACGGAGCCUUGGAUAAACUUGUAGUUAAUGAUCCAAGCAAACGUCGAAUUCAACCUACACAUGAACAAUUGAUAGCUUUGGGUAAUGAUGGUGAAGCAUUGUUACAAGCAAUUCUAAAUGCUCCAGAUUCUAUGGAAGCUGAAUCUAAUUUAACUCAAGUACAACGUGAUGCUAUACAACAUUAUAAAGAGUCUAUCAUUCAUGAUGCAAUUAUUGAAAAUGUCCCACCUAGACAGAUUACUCCUCUUUUGCGUUUAAGAGUUUCAGGAAUUCAUCCUAGAGAUAUUGCUAGUGGUUAUAGCGCUUUGAUUACUUUAUGGAGUCCAACGGAUGAAAUGUUAUCAGUUUUGAAAGAAGGAGAGAUUGUUGAAUUUUAUCGUUUGCAAGUGUCGGCUACACGUGCAAACGAUCCAUUUGUAUCUCCAUCAACUGUUCCGGGAUUUAUCAAACCUAUAGGCGUUAAUAUACCUUCUGGUUUUGUAUUGAGCCUUUCUGGUGGUCGUACAACACGCAUUUUAUCAUUAGGUCAUAUUUCCAACUUGAAAGGAAUCGUUUCUAUUGAUAAUAUUUCUCGUGUAUAUCAUCCAAGAGUAAAAUUAAGUGUUUCUGAAGCCUAUCAAACGAUUAUUCAGGCGGACAAAUCUACGAGUUCAUUUAACAAAGGAAAUCGUGAAGUUGAUUUACGUUGUUUGAUUAUAGCAAUUUAUCAUACUCCAGUGCAUUCGAAUCCAUCUUACAAAAGCUAUCCAUCUGAUGUUAAACAACAGAUGGACCAUCCAAGAACAAUCGAUACUCCUUUCAAAUAUCCUUCUUCUGAUGUCGAUUGCGUUUAUGCAGUGGAUCCGAAUUGUAAAUCAGAAACAUGUUUAUCUGUGAUCAAAUUUUGGGAUGGUUUACAGGCUCUUCAUUUAAUGGACAUAGUUCAAAUUGGUCGUGUUUUAUGUUUCACCGACUUGCAGUUACGUCAUUGUCAAACAAUUACUGCAACGUCUAAAUUAAAUAAUCAGCCUUCGCGUAAAAUUCCCCUUCUUACUUUACAUUAUACAUCUGCUAGCAAUGUUACAGUUGAAAAACCAAUCGGUCGACGUUCCAGUCGUACUGCAUCAACUAAUGAGCCAGAUCCUACUGUUGUAUCCUGUUUACAACAAGUUUUAAAGGACUUUCUGUUUUCAAAAUCAGGAUAUAAAAUAGAUUUACAAAUAUCUAAUUCUCCUUUGAAUCAUAGCAAAUCCUUAACUUCUACAUCGAAUACAUCACACUCUACUGGUGUUGGUUUGUCAUCAUUAUUACGUGGUUCUAUUGGUCGUGCACAAUCAACUCCUGUUCACAAUACAAUAGGAACUCCAAAAGUUUCCACUUCACUCGAAAAUUCUUCCUCUAUUUUGAAUAUAACUUGUCCAUCACCAACUGAAUCAAUGCUUAAACAAGGUCUUCCACUUAAAGAACAAAAUUUUACUCCAAUUAAACGAUAUCUAUCAACAACUACUACUGACUGUGAACAAUCUUUAAACAAUAAUACACCAAAAACUGCUACUUGUUCUUAUAUUCGAACCCUUCCUAAUCGAAGUGCUUCGCGUACAGGUCUUUCACGAAGAACCCGUUCUCGUUCUAGUAUCCCUGGACUAAAAACUUCGUCUACAUCUGUAUCAGAUAAAUCUAUUUCUCACGAAAUAAAACAAUUCGAGAUCGUUGAGAUUACAAAGUCACCAACUUCUGAUAUUAUUCACCCGCUACUUAUUCCUGAAGAACCGUGUUUUACUCCUGAGCCUAAAGCUAAACGUCCUCGCGGUUCCCAACGUAGUAAUAAAUGUGAUAAUUCAUUAGAACUUUCUAAUAAUAAAGAUAUUUCAGAAUGUAUUCAAUCACCUAAGGAUAUUUUGAAUAGUUCAGUGGGUGAAAAAGAAAAUAUAUCGUUGUCCGAUCCAUUUAGAAUAAAAACUCCUCCUUACAAUUCAGAAAUGUCAUCUAAUUCACAGCUGACAAAUGAUUCAUUUGAUAACUCUGACAUGAGUAUUGCAGAUCUAGUGAAAACACGUCAACGUCGUCAGUCACGUUCAUCUCAACCUAUUACCGCCACAUCACCAACGCAACAUUCCACACCAAUCAUAUCUAAGAACCGAUUAUCAUUGAAAAGAAUUUCGAAAUAA